UCUUCCCUCACUUGUUUACUCAAACUAUCAUCACUUCUAUGACACCUAAUUCCUUGUUCCCAGCAGAGAAACACUGGAGGUAGAUCCGGAUCAGGCUUUAUCCUGCUUUACUCUCAGAAACCGGGGCAAGCUGCAGGAAUCAGACCCGCUGCAGUGAAACUCAACCGAAGGAGGAGGAAAGAUUGUAAAAAAGAGAGCCUUACGGUUUUGGUCUUGAAUAUUUUUUUCGGCGAAAACUCUCAUAAAUCGGACGAAGAGUAAAUUAAUUGUCGUCGUGUUGCCCUUCUUUUCUUUUCUGUGCCGUGGAGGGUCAGUUUCAUCCAGAGACGGACCGACAGAUCGAGAUUCACUCUGAUCUGCUGUCAUGUCGGCUUCAGUCAGAGGAACAUGGGCCUCAACUUGUUUGACAGAGAGAGAUUUUCCUCCUCAGGAAUGCUAAUGCAUAAAGUCCCAACUCCUGCUUGGUGUUAAUACCCCUGAUUUACUGAAUGAUAACAACGAUCUGAUUGAUCAGACGGGUUGAGUGACAGCCUGAGGCGUGUCGGCGAUGGGGAGGAAGUUGGAUCUGUCGGGGCUGUCGGACAACGAGGCGGAGCAUGUGCUGCAGGUGGUGCAGAGGGACAUGAGGCUACGCAAGAAGGAGGAGCAGCGCCUCAGUGAACUGAAGCAGGAGCUGGACGAGGAGGGCAGUCGCUGCCUCCUGCUGUCGCGGCGGAGUUGCUUCAACCAGAGCUGCUGCAUCCGCUGCUGCUCGCCCUUCACCUUCCUGCUCAACCCCAAGCGCCGGUGCCACGACUGUCACUACAACGUCUGCAAAGCCUGCCGGGUCCACAACAAGCAGGACAAAGCCUGGCUCUGCUCCGGCUGCCAGAAGAGCAGGUUGUUACAGACACAGUCGCUGGAGUGGUUCUACACUGGCGUGAAGACGCGCUUCAAGAGGUUCGGCAGCGCCAAAGUGCUGAAGACUCUUUACAGGAAGCACCUGGUGCAGCACAGAGCGCUGUCAGAGCUCACCGAAAGCAGCACCUACGAGGACAGUGUCUGCAAUGAAGGCAGCUUCUGUGGGAGUGACUCAACCUUCUACAGACAGACACAAGAGCACAGCAUAGCGGAGACCAUCACCGUGGCCCUGCGGGUGGCGGAGGAGGCCAUCGACGAGGCCAUUUCAAAGGCGGAGUUUGACACGACCAGUCAGGAGAAGCAGCAUGAGGCUGACUACCUGUGGGAGCACAGAGGGGAGCUCAUUGAGGAACUGUCAAAAACUAUUGUGCAGAAAAUUAUUAGGAGGAGAAAAACUUUGACUGAGAUGAGGGCAGAAUAUGACCAGGACUGGCCACUUGAACACAACACUGACCUUCAGCAUCAUCAUCAGUCUGACUGUGAUCAGGCAUCCAGCUCCAUCAAACACCAACCAGAUCUCUGGGGGUCCCAUGCGGCCUUCUGCCUGCUGGACCAUGAGCCUCCGGGUCUGAUGCAGGACUCCUCACAGGCGCUGAAGAAGGAUGGGUCUGGGUCGGCUAUGUCCAACCGGAAGACUGUUGAACGGCUGGACAACACUGGUGUGUAUGGAGGCGUGUCCUCGGUGCUGAAGAGCCCAGACGGGAACUGGAUGGCCCUGCAGAGCACCCAGCUGUCUCGCCCCAGCCUGCUGACCAGGAGGAAGAGCCUGGUCAUCAGUGCCUUGGAGAGAGAGUCUGAAGUGGUGUCCGCCUAUGAGGGCAUGGCCUCCGACAACGAACCCAAACCAGAGGGCGGCGCCCGCGUCAGGACGCCGUCCCCGCCGACGGGCAGCAGAGAAGAUCUGUUUUCACAGCCGGAGGGCAACUGGAAGCCGAAGAAGCCUCUGCUGGCUCGUUUUAAGAGGAAGGUGCCCACAGAGGUCGGGCGGCCUUCCUCCUCCUGCAGGACCAGCAUCAUCGACGUCAACUUUAACGUGGAAGGAGAGGAAGAGGAGAAACACCAGGCUGCCAAGACAGAAAUAGGAAAAGUCCGAAGAUCCCGGAAGAAAAGGAGGAACAAAAGAGAGUUGUCUUCCUCGGUGCUGGAGUACUGGGAGAAAAACAACCAUUCCCAACGUUCGUCUGACGCUGUGACCCCUUUGACCUCCGGAGCUGCGACCCCUGAACUUUUCCACCGUGACCCCACAGGGCAUCAAGCCAAUCGGAUGGAGGAGCAGCUCACGUUAAAACUACAACAGCUAGCAGGCAGAGUUUCUGACUCCUUAACUGGAGGAGGGGGAGGAGGAGGUGAUGAUGAAGAUGGACAGAGGGGGGAAAAGAGACAAGGAAGGAAGGACAGAGGUGAAGACGAUGAGAGGCCGUGGAGGAUGGAGAUUGACUUGGAUGAGGGAAGAACAGAGGAAGAUGAAGAGAUGAAAGACGGGUUAUACCGGCUCAUCGCUCAGGCCAGACUCACCUACCUGUCGACUGACGAUGACUUGGACAAAGAUGGCCACAGUGAAGGAGAAUGGGAAGGAGACGAGGAGGGAAAUAUGGAGGUGGAGAAGACGGCCAGACUUACUUCUAAACUCUGUCAGCUGGAAAAUGAAGUCAGAGCAAACCAGUUCUCCUCCACCGAGGAUGAGUUGGACCGAGUUGGCGUCAUGGAUGAAGAGAGGAAGACGGAGGAGGAGGAGGAGGAGCUGGCGGUCAAAGUGUGCAGGGUAGCUAAUCAAGCCAACGCCACCCAAUUCUCAUCCACCGAGGAUGAGUUGGACCGAACAGAUGGAGGUGAAGAGGGGGAGGAAGCGAUAGAAGAGGAGAAUCUGUGGAAACGGCAGACAGGAAGUGACGACCAGGCCGCUCGGCUGCACGAUUUGGCCCGUCUAAUAAGUGCGUCUCCGUUUUCUUCCACGGAUGGUGAGCUGGAUCGAGUCGGAGGGAAUGAGGUGGAGGAGGGAAUAAAUGAAGGAGGAACUGAGAGGGAGGAAGGAGCGGGAAAUAAUGUGGACCGGAGAGAACCUUUUGGAGGCUUGGAUGUCAAUUUGUUUGAUUUAAGGGAUGAAAUUAAGACGGAGAGCUGUGAUGAAGAAGUUGAAGAUGUCCAACAAGAAAAAACGGAGAGCGAGGGAAAGAAAGAUUGCAUGAAGGAGAGGGUCACAGACGAGGAUGAAAGAAUGGCAAAGGAGCACAUCCGUCAAGAGAAGGUCGAACUUUUAAAAGAAGAUAUGGCGGAAAAAGCAAACGAGAGAAGACGAGCGAUGGAGUUAAUAUCCUCAGACGAGAGAAAAGCUCAACGAGGAAAUCAGCCCAAGAAGAAGUGUCAAGAGAAACCGGAAGGAGGAGAAGAACAAGAAGAGGGAAAGAAAGGCGAGGAGAGUCAGGAUACAACAGACAGCGAUGAGGAAGAUGCAGAAUUUGAGAAGAUAAUCAGCAGCAUGUUGACGAUGACUUUGGAGGACAUGCAGAUGGAGGCAUUAAAGGAUGUAGCUGCAGACAACGGGAGGAGCACAAGUAGAGAACCAGAGGAAGAGGAGGUACAGAUUGAGAGAGAAGGUGGAUUUGAGGAGACGGGAAGGAGGAAAGAAGAGUCUGCUGUGAGAGGACCAGGAGGGACGGCCGCGAAGCAAACUGGAAUCGACGUUAUCAGAGAGACGGGCGGAGGAGAUGCUGCAGGCCGUGAUGAAGAUGAGCGGCAGGAAAAGGAUGGAGACGCACAAGAAGAAAAUCAGCAGGCCAAACAGGCCAAACAGGCUAAAGGAAGGAGUGAAAGUCUUGAAGAAGAGGCAGACGAUACGGAGCGGAGCGCGUCUCCUCCUCAGGACGCUUCACUGUCACCCGAGGAGAUUAAAAAUAGGCUCUCGGCCGUGUCUCUGCGCAGCAUCACCACUGAGGUCCUGAAGGUGCUGAACGCCGCUGAAGAGCUGCUGCUGCAGGGCGUGGAGGGCGGAGCCGGCCCCCGACUCCCCAACACGUCGCUGCCCCCCAACACAGAUCCUCAGAAACUGGAUCAGCAGUUCUCUAGACUGGAGGAGAACGUGUACGUGGCCGCUGGGGAGGCGUACGGUCUGGAGGCGGCGCUGAGCGACCUGGAGGAGUGCGCUCGGGGCAUCUGCAGCGCCACGUCCGACAUGGAGCUGUCCUUCCUGGAGGAGCAGGUGGCAUCAGCGGCUGCUCAGGUGCAACAGUCUGAGCUACAGGUUUCCAACAUCUCGGACCGAAUUGCUGCUUUGAAGAGUGCAGGCCUCACUGUGGACACCCAGCAGUCCCGCUUCACUAAGACCGAAGCAUUUACAAUGACGCCUGUCACUGUGGAGUCAUCGAGGCAGCUGAGGAGGAGAUUACCUGCACCGCCACUGAAAGAAGACGAGGAGGAAACGUAAACCAUCGAGCCCGGUCCUUUGCAGUAUCUUCAACACAGAAGUGCCUUGACCAGUUUCAAGUAAUCCAUUCAUUUGCCUUAAUUACAUUUUUAAACAUGCCUAAAAAUAAUACUGGUAUGUCAUCUUUUAAUGUGCAGUAGCAGCGAGCACAGCCGGUAAACAGUUAAAUCAUCAGCCCACUGAAAAAUCUCUAACAAUUGAGCUUUAACACUUUUUAAUUCAUCAAAACAUUUAAAGAUUUUUAACUACACUUUUUAGAGACUUCAUUCAUCACUUGUCCGUUUAACUUGCUGAACAAAGUGAUAUAAAUACUGUGUGCAGUGAAUGAAAACACAUACAUGCAGUUUUUUACUGUUGCAACAAAUCCUUGUAUUUUUCCCGUGGAUGUUGGUUUGCUAAACAUCAUCAUUACAAUCAGUCAAUAUAAUAUCUGCUCUCUCAAUUCAGAAAAUAAAGCACAACAUUCAAAAGGU